UUACCAAUUGAACCACGACGCAAUUGAAACGGGCUUAUUAUCGCCAUGGAGGACGUUGUUGGAGAGCUGAAUGAGCUCUUCGCAUCUUCCACUCCCGAUGGACUCCCGAAGGACGUCCUUGCCGAGCUUCAAUCCAUUCUACGAGUCCACUCUAUAACCCCGCAAGAGCUGUUUUACAAAUGGGAGUCAUUUUGCUUGAAAAUGGGGUCGGAGGAGACCAAGCUGAACCUGGAAACGGUGAGGCUUUUCAAACGUGAUGUUCAGGAGAUUUUGGAGCGAGAAAUUCGCAGCAAGUCUGGCCGACAAACCGAGAAAAGAAACAUGCCGACCGCUACCCCGCGCGCUGCUGCAACAACCGACGUUUUUGGCAUGCUGGAUGGGUUGACUCCAAAGGCGCACCACGGUCGAACGCCAAACUCAGCGAAACGGAAGGCGGACUUUGCUUCACCCUCUACGUCUAAAGUUGGAAAGGUUGGCGAGUCUCCCAUGGGAACUAGGGCUUUACGGACUAUGAAUGGAGGUGUUGCAAGUGAUGGAGUGCAGUCUGUCUCCUUCUCUGAGCGCCAGAAUCCAGGCCAGACACUUGAGACUAUCAAUGAGCACUUAUCAGGACCAGAGACUCCUAUGGCUCCCUUUUCAGAGGCUCGGAUACGGCCCACUGCAAACACGGAUCUGAAGAAGUUCGGGUACAAGCCCAUGGCAAUGCGACUGUCUGAAGCAUCCGAGAUUCUCGAUGACCGCAUUGACGAGUUUAUGACAUUGUUCCAGAAGGAAUACGAGACAGAGGACCUCCCAUUUGGCAGUGCGGCCACCCAGAGUACUAGCGAGAUCGUUGCUGUUGGGCGUAUCGCGUCGGAUAGCAUGGAAGGAAAACUUAACCCAGCAUCUCUUGUACUGGAGACAUCGAGACGGACAGGAGCUGGAUUGCGCGUACCUCUGAAAGUAGACAAUCUACCGGCAGUGAGCUUCUUUCCGGGACAAAUUGUCGCCCUACGAGGCAUCAAUGCAUCGGGGGACUACUUCUCGGUCAAGGAAGUUCUUUCCGCCCCUCUCUUACCGCCGGCAGCAUCAUCUGUACCUAUCAUGGAAGGCAUUAAUGAACGAAUGGAGGAGACCGGCUCUUCUCCUUUGAAUGUAAUGAUCUCCUCGGGCCCGUACACAGCCGACGACAAUCUAGAUUUCGAGCCGCUCAACGAGAUAUGCCAGAAAGCGGCUGAGAACUACGCGGAUAGUCUCAUACUUAUGGGUCCAUUUUUAGAUAUCGAACAUCCACUGCUAGCAUCGGGAGACUUUGACCUACCCGAAUCGAACGGAUACGACCCAGACACAGCCACCUUGGCCACCGUAUUCCGGCAUUGCAUUACGGCCCCUCUGCAGAGAUUAGUCGCAGCAGUGCCUAGCAUUACGAUUGUGAUGGUUCCUUCCGUCCGUGACGCAGUGAGCAAGCACGUCUCCUGGCCGCAAGAGCAGCUACCGAAGAAGGAGCUCGGCUUGCCCAAGCAAGUGCGCAUGGUGUCUAACCCAGUGACUUUAUCCUUGAAUGAGGCCGUCAUUGGCAUGUGCUCGCACGACGUACUAUACGAGCUGCGGAGAGAGGAGGCUUUGCACGGCAAACCCAAAGAAGGCAACAUCUUGACCCGGUUGUCGAAGCAUCUCAUCGAGCAAAGACAUUUCUCCCCCGUCUUCCCGCCGUCGUCGCGAUACGCUCUCCCCAAGUCAGGGACCGAGGACGGCCUCCCCACGGGCGCCACGCUCGACGUCAGCUACAUGAAGCUAGGCGAGUGGUGGAACGUCCGACCAGACGUCCUGAUCGUCCCCAGUAUGCUCCCACCAUUCGUCAAAGUAGUGGAUAGCGUCCUGGUAAUCAACCCCGGCACCCUCUCCAAACGCCGAGCAGCAGGAACAUACGCACAAAUGGCAAUCCACCCCCGGGUAAUCGCCCCAGAAGAACGCGACCAAAAACACAUCAGCCACAAAAUCUACGAACGUGCACGGGUGGACGUGAUCCGCAUCUAAUCAGAUUUACCUUUCUUAACUAGAUAUACCACACGUCGGGCUUAAUAAUGAUAACGAACAAAGUACAUCCACACACACCAUCCAAAUCACAUAAACCAUACACCCCAUUAACCCCAUAAUCUAAAAGAGAAGGACCCAACCCAAACACCCCCAACCCCAAACUAAAUCAAAGAAUCAAGAGCAGAAAAAAUCAUCACCUCAAAC